AGAUGGAGAUUACAGUGCUCUGUGUGUGUGCAUGCACAUGUAUGUUAUAUAAAACUGACCUAUUUGCUUAAGGCUUGUGUACUUUCCCAUAUUUCACUUGUACCUCAAUAAAAAAGUAGAUUCUGGGGUCAGAGAUAUAGCUCAGUGGUAGAGCAUUUGCCUGGCAUGUUUGAGGCCCUGGGUCGAUCCCUGUGCUACGAAAAAUAAAGCAGAUUUCAACAUCCUGCUAUAAUUGCACGUGAGGACUUCCAAGUUUCUGAUCUCCCAUAGCCCUGAGUACCAGGACCGUGACAUUUGGGAAGAUAGGGCCGGGCUGUUGGUCCUAGCCACACCUCUCCUUCUUCAGUCAGUGGGUUAAUUUGCAUACCUUUUUGUGGCCCAGCAGCCACCCCAGUCCUGUGCCCCUAAGCACCUGGAGCAUUGCCCAGCAGAACCUCUCCCUGCCUGUCUCUCUGCCUCUGGUCAUGGCCUGUCCCCAGUGCCUGGUCCUUCUGCUGAUGGGAGCCUUCCUGGCAGUCUCCCAGCAAGCCCUGGCCCAGGCGGUUGCACUGCUGGUCUUCCCAGGCCAAGUGGCUCAACUCUCCUGCACACUCAUCCCCCAGCAUGCCAGCAUUGCAGACUAUGGAGUGUCCUGGUACCAGCAGCGGGCAGGUAGUGCCCCCCGCUACCUUCUCUACUACCAUUCAGAGGAGGACUUCCACCGGCCUGAUGAUAUUCCCGACCGAUUCUCAGCUGCCAAGGACGCGGCCCACAAUGCUUGUAUCCUGACCAUCAGCCCAGUGCAGCCUGAGGAUGACGCAGAUUACUACUGCUGUGUUGGCUACGGCUCUGGUCCCUAGGGGUGGAGUAUGGGAUGAAUGCCCUGUCUGCCUCCUGUUUCUGCCUCUGAACUUGGAUACCCCGCUCUCUCUGGUCCUUGCUUUCCUUCUCUGUACAAUGGAUUAAUAAAAUUCAGCAUUAUUAUGAAGGCCAUGAGUUCUUGGCCAAAAAAAUGAC